AUGGCGCCAGAGUAUAUGCCAUCAAAACGGCCGACUUCCGCUCCAUCCCACCUCCUCGCCCCCUACCGUGCUGAACCGAUAAGAUAUCAGCGUUUGCAGUGUGAUAUUCAAGGUUAUAUGAUGUGUAGAUUGACAUUUCCAGACAACACCAAGCUGUUGAACUAUGUUCGCCUGAGGCACCCUAGAGCGAUUACUAUGGCAAGGAUCACCGGGAAGAGUGACUUUGAGAUAGAGGCAGGCCGAAACGCGAUGAAGCGUUGGAUGUUGUUGCAUUGA